CAGGUAAGAUUGUCGUUGUUUAAUAUUCAUGAAAUUUCUAAUCAUAAACUACAAAUAAUAACAGAUUUUCUGAUGAUUAUUUUAUAAAUGGACACUCGUGCAUACCGAAUCUUUGCACGGGCGUGUCCACACGGGGGCACAAGAGAGACCGUUUAACCAACGUCAGUGGCCCUACACAAUUGCAGGUGACUUCUGGUUCACGUUGCCGUGACGUCAUUUUAUGAUUUUCUUUUUUUUUUUUUUUAAGCAGCUGCGUUUGUGCGUGUGCGCGUGACAGAUACUGCCGAUGUAGUAAACGGUGUGUCUCAAUAAAGACCAUGCAUUUCGAUGGACAUACGACGUGCAGCAGCUACGGAUGAGUGACGUAAAUCCUGCUUGUCUGCAGUGAAGAGCUCUCUCCCUCCCCCUCUCUCUCUACGUUUCAGGGUCUCUCUAUCUAUCUCUCUCGGCGAGGGAAACAAAGGAUGCUAAAAAUAACCUGCACGGCUCCACAGGUUGGUUGGCGGGCUGGUCGGUUGCUCGGUGCGUUGGAUGCUGCUGCUGUGUGGGUUGCAGGCUCGGGCGGGGCUGGAUGCCGUGGAGAGCUCCACGGUUUUUGCCCCCCCUAUCCCCCUUCCUUACUUGAUCAGUAUUGAGAGGGAGGCGGGUCCGUCCUGUGACGUAUGGCCUCGGCGCUGGGCUGCGUCACAGUCGAGUCGAGCGGCGAGAAGGAGGCGAGGAGGAGAAGAAGAAGGAGGAGAGGAGGCAGAGCGGAGUGCCAGGCAGAGCCCAGCUACUGCACACUGACCGCAGGUGGACUGGACAUGGAGGGCUCCACGGCGGAAGAGUACAAGGAGAAAUUAUUAUGGACCGUCAAAAGAGAGGUGAAGCAGAUUAUGGAGGAAGCUGUGACUAAGAAAUUUGUCCAUGAAGACAGCAGCCACAUCAUUGCUCUGUGCACUGCCAUCGAGGCCUGUCUGGGUCAUCUGCUGAAGAGACGUGCAGCUGGUUUUCUACGCAGCGACAAGAUCGCCGCACUCUUCAUUAAAGUCGGCAAAGCCUCCGACAUCGCUGGUGAAGUUUGCCGAAAAGUGCAAGAACAACUCCAGCAGCAGGCGGAUCUGACCAGGAGAACUCAGAGUGUGGGACAUGAGCCUCUCAGAAGACAGGGCUCCUCCACCACCAGCCGUCCCCCCCAGCCUCUCUCCGCCCAGGCCGUCAAACACAUCUGGGUCCGAACGGCGCUCUUCGAGAAGGUUCUGGACAAGGUUGUGCAGUACAUUGUAGACAACUCAAGUAAAUACUAUGAGAGAGAAGCUCUGAUGCACGACUCGGUGUUCGGGCCCAUCCUGGCUGCUCUGCUGGUGGGGCCCUGCGCUCUGGAGUACACCAAGCUGAAGACAUCGGAUCACUUAUGGACCGACCCCUCGGCCAACGAGCUGGUCCAGCGGCAUCGUAUUCACGGAGCUCACCGGAGCCAAGACUGCACGCCGGGCCGCCGGCCCGCCCUGGGGAUCCGCAAGAGGCAGAGCAGCGGCAGCAUGUCGGAGGACAGGUUCGCCGCCUCGGCCAGGGAGUACGUGGAGUCUCUGCACCAGAACUCCAGAACACACCUUCUCUACGGCAAAAACAACGUCCUGGUGCAGCCAAAGAAGGACAUGGAGGUGCUGCGGGGCUACUUGUCGCUUCACCAGGCUGGAGAUAACCUCACCCUGAAAUGGACCCCCAACCAGCUCAUCAAUGGCACCUUAGGAGACUGUGACCUGGAGAAAAGUAUCUACUGGGACUACGCUCUGACUGUUCCUCUCAGACAGAUCGUCUGUAUCCACUGUCAUCAACGACCCGACUGUGGUGGUACUCUGGUCCUGGUCAGCCAGGAUGGGAUCCAGCGACCUCCCCUGCACUUCCCCCCUGGUGGUCACCUCCUGGCGUUUCUGUCUUGCCUCGAGACAGGCCUCCUGCCGCGGGGGCAGCUGGAGCCGCCUUUGUGGUCCCAGAAAGGAAAGGGAAAAGUAUUUCCUAAAUUAAGAAAGCGGAGCAGUGCUGCACGGCUCAUUGACCAAGACAGGAACGGAGAGGAGCAGACGGCGGCUGACUACGUGUUUCGUAUCGUUUACCCAGGAUACAGCUACGAUGCCAUCACUAUAAAUUACCACCACACCACGGGCAGCCGCGCCCCCUCGCUGGACGAUGACGAGGAAGAGGAAGAUAGGCUCCAUGCUAUGAUCUCAAUGAUCUGCUCGCGGAACCUCACAGAUCCUAAUGUCAUGAAAGACCACGGGGAAAUGAUGGAGAUGCAGGGUUUCGGCGGAAGCCCGUCGUCAUGGCAACAGGCCGAAGUAACCUCUCAGGAGUCCCUGUGCCAGUCCUGCUCCACAGCCGGUAGCAAUGUGGCCGCGCGGUACCCAGCUGGCUGCACCUGCAUACACAGCUCGUCAGACAUUCACACCAGUAUUCCUCUGAAGAUGCUCUGCCAGAACAUGAAGAGACAGAUCGUCUCCAGAGCCUUCUACGGAUGGCUGGCCUACUGUCGACACCUGUCCACCGUACGCACCCACCUGUCAGCUCUGGUCAAUCACAACAUCGUUCCUCCAGACAGACCCUGUGAAGCGUCGGGAGGCCUCAGCAAAGAGGUGUGGAGCAAGUACCAGAAAGACUGUAAGAACUACAAGGAGUUGGAGCUGCUGCGGCUGGUGUAUUAUGGAGGAGUGCAGCACGACAUCAGGAAGGAGGUGUGGCCUUUCCUGCUGGGCCACUACAAGUUUGGCAUGGGCAAGAAGGACAUGAGUCAGAUAGAUGCAAAGGUCAGCGAGCGUUACCAGCAGGUGAUGCGUGAGUGGAAGGCCUGUGAGGUGAUCGUCAGGCAGAGGGAGAAGGAGAUGCAGUCGGCCAUCUUUGCCAAGCUCUCAUCAGGCAGCAGCAUCGACAGUCACGUCCUGCGACUGGUUCACCGAGACUCUACACUCAGUAAUGAGGUCUUCAUGUCAGUGGAUGAGCCAGAUGCCGGCAGCCAGGAGACCCCCAGUGCAGAAGACAGCACUCCCACCAUGACCACCCUGGUUCCAGCUGCGGCUCCCCCUGCCGAGGAGCGCCCCCUGGUGGAGUUUGACUCCCCUGACUCGGGCCUUCCCUCCUCCAGGAACUACUCUGUGACCUCUGCUCACUCUCAGAUCCUCUCCAGCAUCGACGACGGUCAAAGCACCGAGGAGGAAGGGGGCGGCGGGGAGGAGACCAGGACUCCCAGUGUUCGCACGGAGCGUCAGGACUCGUUGACUGAAGAGAGGCUGUGUAGCCAGCUGGACAAACUGGUGACAAACGGGGCGUCUGCAGAGGGGACGUCACCAUCCCUGUCCAAAUAUACGAUCGAGUUGUUGGACAUCGUCGCCCUGAAUCUCCACAGAAUCGAUAAAGACGUGCAGCGCUGCGACAGGAACUACUACUACUUCAGCACCGCCAACCUGGAGAAACUACGCAACAUCAUGUGCAGUUAUGUGUGGGAACACCUAGAAAUGGGCUACGUUCAGGGCAUGUGUGACCUGCUGGCUCCGCUCAUGGUCAUCCUGGAUGAUGAGUGUCUGGCUUACAGCUGCUUCACUCAGCUAAUGAAGAGGAUGAGUCAGAACUUCCCUAACGGUGGAGCCAUGGACACACACUUUGCCAACAUGAGGUCACUGAUCCAGAUCCUGGACUCAGAGCUGUUUGAACUGAUGCAGCAGAACGGAGACUACACUCACUUCUACUUCUGCUACCGCUGGUUCCUGCUGGACUUCAAGAGAGAGCUCCUGUACGAGGAUGUCUUUGCCGUAUGGGAAGUGAUCUGGGUCGCUCCGAGGAUUUCAUCCCAACACUUUGUUCUCUUCCUGGCUCUGGCCCUGGUCACAGUUUACCGUGAGAUCAUCAUGGACAACAACAUGGAUUUCACUGACAUCAUCAAGUUCUUCAAUGAGAUGGCAGAGCGUCAUGACGUCCAACAUAUCCUGAAGGUAGCACGUGAGCUGGUGCACAAAGUUCAGUCUCUGAUGGACAACAAGUGACCCCAGAUGAGGAGGAGGAGGAGGAGGAGAGAGAAGAGGAUGAUGCCAAAGCUGUCAGUCGAAGAAAUGUCGGCAUGUUCCCAGCUCUCCGUCUCUCCAGAGAAGGUCCAGAGGUGUGGAGUUGAUGGUCUCCUGGGCUCCUUCCAGGUCAGAUGGAGGUCUGAGGUGGUGCAGAACUGCUGCUGCUGCUGCUGAGGAGGACCGGCCGCAGGAACAGGCCUGGAUCUGUUUACAUUUACCUUUACCUUUGGAAUGCUCAUAGUGUCCGUUCAGACAUGUGGACGUGUCUGCAUGCUUGUGAGUUUGAUCACACUGUGAGGACAUUCUUCAGUCUCCCCAAGUCCUGCAGAGCUUAUGUGUGUAUGUGCAUGAAAACACAACACACGCACACACAUGAAUACACAUACACACACUUUAAAUCAAGUCCAAGCUCCAGUUUCUACAUCCAAGUGCUGAAAGAGAACAUGUGCAAUGCCAGUUGGGAUACCGUUGUUCCUCCACCAGAGGCCAGUAGAGUUCAGGAUUCCUCCACUACAUUGUCAGAGGAACAGAGGACUUUGCCACGAAGUUUUCAUUAGUGACCAAAUGUACUGUGCCAACUACCUUUUUCAUGAGUGUUUUCUACAGCUUGUGUGUGUUCCUCCACCCCCCGCCCUGCCCCCCGCCCCCUUUUUUCUUUCAGUCCACAACUUCAUUUUCACACAAAUGUUGCCUUUAUCAGUAACAGCCCAAGGUACUUAGUUGCACUUUUUGUAAGGUUUUCCUACCUGGUGCCUGUGAAGACCUCGCUGGACUCAGUGGAGGCUUGAGGCUCCGUGAGAGGCCAAAACGUUGAGAAACUCAGGAUGGGUUGCAGCCAACUUUUCAGAGCACGUCGGUCAGUGUUUAGGGUUUAAUGUUUUCUCCUGGUUCCAAAACAAAAGACAACAGGGAAUAGAGCACAACAGAUACAACUAAAAGCACAGAAAGUUCUUGUUCUUCUUCUCUUGUUUUUUUUUUUUUUUAGCUUUAGUCUUGUCCUGUUUGAAUGUUCCUCCAUGAAUCUGACUCACUCAAAUGACAGCUUUGGUGACAACGACACAUUUAAAUAAUAUAUAUUUUAGUAUUUUCUGAUCAAAAACAUUCUUAAAUAUUUGAAGUUGGAUAUUAAGUGAAACGCUUUUAAAUUCAUCAAAAUUAUUUAAUAAUAAAAAUAAUAAUUCUUACCAGCGUGUCUGUGAAGAUUCUCCUUCAUCCAGGUCAUGUUAUCCACAUAGUUUAGUCCAAGAAGAAGUCCAGAACUCUUUGAAUUCUUACCAGCAAUUUCUGGAAUUUACAAAAAAUAUUCAUUAGAAAACAUUUCCCCACUAACAGCUGAUCUGUAUAAGAGCCAGGCUGCAGUGUGACUUUCAUAAUACAAUCCAAACAUCAUUCCAAGUACCAACAGAAAUUGGUUUUCAACAAAACAGCAUUGAGUUUUGUAAACAGAAGAACAACAAAAAUGCAAAACAAAUUCUCCAUUGAAGGCUGGUUUAGUCAGACAAACAGAAAACCUUAAAGUAUUAAAACACUGGAUUUGGAAUGAUUUUCACUCAUUGGAUUACUACAGUAUUUCCAUUGCAUAUCAGCAACACUAGAGCCUCUUUCUGAUUGGUCAGGUUUAGGGCGUGUUGUUUUUUUUUUAGGGACCAACACUUCAAGUUUUUAAGUUUGUCUGAAGAAACGCUUAGAACGGAGUCAAACAUAGUCCCUGAAACAAAAGGCAACAAUGUUGUGUUUCUGUAAACUGUGGUCAGGAAAAGUUGUCUGUGUGAUCCAGCCUCUGAAAUGGAUGGAGACACGAUUGCAACGUUUGAAUCUUAGAAGACCUGAGACAAAGCUACUCUCCAUAACCCCUCUGUCUGUUGAUCAUUAAUUCAGUAUUGUUUUGUUUUUGUCUUUUCUCGGUCACCGCAGAAAAGCAUCUCUUUGAAUCACAGUGAAACGGUUUCCAUCUGAUUUAUAAACCACUUUGUCACUUUGACCCUUUACCCCUGCUCCCCACGCCUCCUUAAAAGGUCCAACAUGGCUGCAUUCUUGGUCAUCCAGCACUGACCCACGCCUGUGAUUCAAGUGUCUUCCCCAAUCCUGAAGUGUGCCGUAAAUUAAUUCGGCUCUCUGAUUGGCUCGCCUGAUCCCAGGAAUGGGCGGUGGUGUGGAUGUACCUUUGCCUUGUCCCCGCUCUGCUUCCACAGCAACACCGAGGGGGUGGAUGAGAAAAAUAUGGGCCCAUAGCCGAGCCUUUUCUUCCAAUCAGGACAUUGUGUACCAAAGCCUUGAAACUAGAGCCCGACUGAUACUUGAUUCUAGGACCAAACACAAUCCUGGUACUUUAUUAGAAUUUAAAAACAAUCUGAUACUUUGUUGGCUCCUAUAUUUCGUCACAACUACAUUUUUCUGCAAACAUUUUCAUAUUUUCGCAACUGAAAUUUGGCAGAUAUCAGUCGGGCUCUACGAGAAACAGCCCCCCGCUGUGGCAUGACAACAAUGUGCAAUUUCAUACUGCAUCUUGAAUACUGACUGUUUACUAUAUGUGUAAAAUAUUUUUGACAAUGGGGAUCUCUGAUUCUUUAUCUACAGUCUAGGUUCUGUUCUUUGAGACAACCCAUGGAGAGUCUAUACUGUUGUAAAUAGGAACCAAAACUCUGAUAUUUCUAUGAAGACCAUCAGAACUAUAACCUAUUUUCAAAUCUAUUUUUAUGUUGGCGUCACAGGUGUAUACUGUGCAGAGCUGCAGAAUGUGUGCAGACCAUGUACACGUCGACUGUUAAGUGUUCUUUCUCAAUGUUGUGCACUGACUUCAAGAUUUUAAAUUUCUAUUUAUUUAGAGAGCCGGUGAUUGCAUUGCUGAAUAUGUACUUGUCAGGAUGUAUCAUUUGCCUUGAAUGUAAUGUAAUUAAACAGAGGUUGUUGCGUUAUUAA